AUGGAGGCAUUUGUGGGGAGCAAUAAGGCCCAGGUCGGGGAGUGCAGCGAGGGUCCUCUGGAGGGGCUGGGGGCUGCCUCACCUAUUGUCUUCAGGGCCUGGCCAGGAUGUCCCCAAAACAUGGUGUUGGUAAAUGGAGUGGAACGGUCUCCCACGUCAACCCAGGCCACGCACAUCAACAUCCAUGUGCACCAGGGGUCGGCUCUGGAACAGCUGAUAAAUGGGGCCUCCCUGAAGAAAUAUUUCACUCGCAUCCCCUCUGACCAGAAUCCAGACCAGGUGGGCCUGACUUCUCAUCCUGUGUUGCAGGUGGUCCAGAUUCUGCUGGGGGUGAUGAGCUGUGUCCUGGGAACUUUUCUAUACAUAGGCCCCUGGACCCUGCUCCGUGGCUCAGGCUGUGCUUUCUGGGCAGGUGCUGUGGUAAGAAAGAGGGUGUGCCCAGUGCAAUCGCAGCAGGAACUGGGGUCAUUGUCCAUGAGAAGCACCGGGGCAAAUGCUCAGGCUGCACGUCAAUUCUGCUCACAUUCGGUCUGCGUGGCUUCGGCCAUUGCGGCCACAGUGCUCUGUGUGCACAGCCUCGCCUGGGAGAGUGAACAACCUUCCGUAUGGAGUCUGUGUGUGAUCAGCCUGACCCAGAACCCUUCCACAGAAGCCCUCCCAGGAAUGGAAAACACAUUCAUUGGAAUCCGAGCACUGCUCCUGGCCAUCUAUGUGCUGCAGGAAGCUGUAGCCUGGAUCUCCCUGGGCAUGGGGAUUCAAAUCAUGUUCAGCAGGAGUUCUCUUUCCCUGGAUCAGGAAGAAGUGGAGAAGAGCCUCCUGGGGCAGAAUUCAGUGCCUCCCUCCCCCACCAAGGAGAAGAUUGCAGCUACCAUAGUCCUGUGAGACUGAAGAGUCAAUAGUCACAUGCAUGUGUUGUCCAGAGUUGCCCACCUAAACCUGAGGGGAGAACUCAGACUUUCUCCUAUACUCUACACUGCCCUUUCCUCCCCUGGCCACCCCUGUGUCACCCAUGCAACCCUUCUGUCUUCUUCCUCACUGUGCUCACUCCAUUGCCUCCCAGUUCACUAAUAGAUAUUUCAGCACUGCCUCUGACACCAAAUAAACAGAAACAACCACCCGGAGUGGCUGAUGCAAUA